CUCUCCAUGAAAACCAGCUGUCUGUAAUUAGUAAAUCAGAGCCAGGGUGAGAGUUUGGGGCAGUCACAGUGGCUGCAAAACAACCGAAGAGUGGCGAGUAUUUUCUGUAAUUGUGCUGCUAUGAAGUUUAUGCUGCCAUAGCUGCAGGGAUGCGUACACCUCUGCUGGUUUUUCUCAGGUAUUUCAUAUGUGACUGUCACCUGUGGUUAAAAAACAAGCAUGGCUGUUCAGUGUUGUGCUGUGUGGCUCACGGUGUUUGUUGUCCUUUGCAGCGCUGUUGUGCUUCAGUGUGCAUCAGCUGGAGGUGUGUAUUGUGCUAAAACAGCAAGAGGUAUGUAGCGUGCUCUGAUUGAUGUCGGUGCUUUCUUUUAAUUACCAAUUAGUUAUAAAUGUGGCACUUAAAAGUGAGGAAAUAGCACCAGAAUAAAUCAAUUUUAAUUCAUUUUUUGUGCUACAGCCCGUGCAGCUGCCUUGGGAUUGGAUUAUCCUGGCACCCAUGGAGCCCCCGACCUCUACGGACCACCUCACAUUGGGAUGCACCCUCGCACAAUGCCUGAAAGUUACCCAAACAAUGAUGGUGAAUUGUCUGAAUCCAGCAUGGCCUCCUACAGACAGAAUCGACCAGGAUUCAGACCCCAAGAUGAAACAAUCCAUAUAAAAUCUCACCCCAUGAGAUCUGAAUCUGCUUUUCUACCAAACUAUGAUCCAGAAUACAACCCCAACCAAGGGCUUAGCUUCCCCAGAGGACGGCCAGUUAUUAACCACCGGUCUGAUUUUGAGCAGGUCAAGCAUGUUGCCCCUGGAGCCCCAGGCCAGCCUGACCUUGUGCAUUUGAAUCCCCAAAGUCACAACAAGCCACCCUCGUUUGUCCGCGAUAGGCAUGACCUUGUUGUUGAUGAGUCUGUCCCAAAUAGACAUGGCGUGUCUCUGAGUGGGCCCCCCUUGCCUCAAAGCAGGGGUCAUGCCACUUACCAGAGGGGUUAUGGCCCAGUAAGAGGAGCCCCCGUCCUUGGGUCAGCUGGAUUCACAAACAGAGAGCACAGUGGAGAGAUGAGCAGCCGGGCUCCUGUGGGCAGAAAGCUGAAAAGAAAGAGGUUUCCUGGCCGUUUGUCUCAGUCUCUACGUAGAAGAAUUAACGCCAAACGGUUAAUGCGAGGUAAACGUCUUCCUAGACAUCUCACAGAACCAAAAUGAGGUCCAGUUUGAAACAGUCUUUAGGUUUAAGGUUCUGGCAUGGCUACCUUGUAAAAUAUAGUUUAUAUUGGAGUCUGCUACAGAUCACUGACUGCAGGAUUUCAUCAUCUCAUCGUCUAGUUUCUUGUAACUUUGACCAAAAUAUGACAAUUUCUUACUUGUGUAAGCUUUUGCAUUUUACUCCCUCAUUUCUACCUCUAAAUAAAAAAUAACAAACCAUACAAUAAACAUGAAAUUACACUUAUUCAAA